CUCAGUCACGACAUCGGACGAGCAGGUGCACCGGCCGGACAUUUGGCAGUUUACGCGAGUCCCAUCGAUCCCAACAACAACAGUUGAUCGUAGCUUUUGAAAUGGCGCAUCAAACGUUCUUGGCGUGCUGUGCCCUACUAUGCGGACUGGCGAGUGGCGCCCGGCUAGACAACCUGUACGGAGCCCCGGCACCGGCGGCCUCCUACCAGGGCGGCGGUGGUGACGCCAACGUCCUGCGGGCUCCCCAGCAGUUUGGCCAGCAGGCUCCGGCCAACCAGUAUCUGCCUCCAUCGGCAGGCGGUGGUGGCGGCUCCGGUGGUGGCUAUCCGUCCGUGGCGCCGCUCGGACAACGUGGCGGACAACAACAGUUUCCAGGACAGCAGCAGCCCGGAUUCUCCGGUGGUGGCGGUGGUGGCGGUGCUAGCAACGCCCUGCAGCCCAGCUACCAGGGUGCCGCAGCAGGCAACUACCCGCAAACGACCCCGAUCCCGAUCCUGCGCUACGAAAACGUCAACAACGGUGACGGCAGCUAUCGGUUCGAUUACGCCACGGGCAAUGGAAUCCAGCACCAAGAGGAAGGAUUCCUGCGCCAGCUGGGCCCGGAGAAGUCGGAACAGGUAGUGUCCGGUGGCUACUCGUACACCGCGCCCGAUGGCCAGCAGUACAGCGUGCAGUACAAGGCCGACGCGAACGGUUUCCAGCCCGUCGGUGACCACCUCCCGACGCCGCCGCCUCUUCCACCGGCGCUCCAGGAAGCGUACGAUCUGCAUGCUCGUCUGCACGCCGAAGCUGCCGCUAGGCCGAAGAACCCAGCGUACCAGGACGGAGCUCCUGGUCAGCAGAGUUCGUAUCCCCAGCAGGGUUCGUACUACCCUCAGCAGCAACAGUCUGCCCAGCCACAGUAUCAGCCACAGCCACAGCAGCCCCAGCAGCAGCAGCCGCGGCCGCAGUAUCAGCAACCCCAGCAGCAGCCCCAGUUCCAGCAAACGGCGCCCCAGUUCCACUCGGCCAGUUCCCCGAACGCCAUCCAGGGUUACCCGUCGGCUCCCACUAACCAGUACCUGCCACCUGCCAGACGGCAACCGGGCUUUAACCCCAGCACCGGGUACACCUACUAGAGC